AUGGAUCCAGCCACGAUCACCAGGACCAGCAGCAGCUUCAGCCGCAUCACCAUCAGCGAGCCACAGAUCUACGGGCCGCGGACCCUCAGGGACGAAGGAGUUGUCAGAAAAGAGGAGAGGGACGAGCUUAGAUGGGCCCUCCUUGCCAAGAUUGAGAGCUGCUACAGGCGGGUGAAGCUCCUCCAGGGGGUCUUUGACGCCGGCUUCUGCUUCGGACUCCUAGAUCCCAUCUCCAACAUCGUCGCCGGCGUGUCCAUCGCUCGCGCCGUGAGCGUGGAUGACCCUGACAACGAACCCAUCCCCAUAGCGCCUUUCCCGAAGCGGAGGAAAACAGAUGCGAUCGGGGAUAUGCACCAGCGGUCGCUCAACGGCCUCGUAGCCUUCCUGGCCGCCCUCUUCCCCUACCUCACCGAGCCCAAGGCUAUGUGGUAUCUCAACAAAGCCGAGUUGGAUCCCCUCGUUGCCGCCCGCCUCAUCAUCCAGCAUCGUGGGAUGGAGCAGAGUUUCGGGUUUAAAUCCGACACCACUGUCGCCGCCGUGGAACUGGCCCUUAGAUGUGCUGCAGCUGCCGCCCAGCACCCGUGCCCGAAGCAGUUUGCGUCAGCGUGGAAGGUGCUUUCACAUUUUAUAGAGAGUGUCGCCACCGUGCUGUCAGGCCCAUGUGUAACUUUCGAUCGUUUCCAGUCCACUGAAAUCAUAGAUAUUCUGCUCAAGAAACAUCAGCCAUCAGUUUUCAGCCUUGAGAAAUCAUGGGAUCUUGCCUCUUGUCGUCUACUCAAGCUCAGUCCUGACCUCUUGGGGGAGGUGAUGGGAUUUCCUGAGCCGUCCACUAUGAGGCGAAUGCUGCUCACCACCAUCCAUGGAUACUACCUGCAGGCACUAGCCCGGCUGCCCAAGGAGAAGCUGCGCUCUCAAUACCACCACAGCCUGCUCCAGGCCGGCCACUGCUAUGGUCCACUGGACCCUGUCUCCAACAUCAUCCUCAAUACAAUCUGGUACAGCCGAGCCUACCCUCUAACCAAGAAGGUUGACCUGGAGGCAAUCAGCACAGGAGGCCUUUCUCGAAUUGCAGUCAGAUCCUUCUAUGGCCUUGUCUCCUUCCUGUGCACCCGCUGCGCCACACACCUCUCGCCAGACCAAGCCAUGCAGCGACUGCAGGCGUCUGGGGCCGAUCUCCGAAUCGCUGAUCCUAACCACCUUGAUGAUGAUAACAAUGAUGAAGCUAUGGUAUCUGCCAGUGUCGAACAAGCUUAUGCUGCAGCUGCAGCUGCUGCAUUCCACCCCAAACCUCUUGACCAGGCAGAGCUUCUCCGACCGUCUAAUCCAAUGUUGCGGAUGGCCUCGCACUAUCUCAAGAAUGGCGGCAAGCUCUCCCACGUGGACGCUGACCAUCUUGCCGAAUGUUUGUUCUAUUCCAUCAGCGAGUUGGAACAAAGUGAGCACCCAGAAACAAACAUCGAGGCGGUAAACAAGUUGACCUACGGCAGGAUGGAUCGACUCAUGAAUGACUUCUGGAACGAGCAUGCUGCAGUCGUUGGAAUGGUGAAAUCUUUAAUUGACGCAUAUAGCCGGCAACCUGGGGUACCCAAGUACGAGUUGCAUCUUAUCUGUGGUGUCAAUAAGUAUGUUGAUGGCCCUGUGUACACGGGUCCUUUCACUCGCAUAUAUCAUUACUCCCACAUCAACUUCCUCACUACCCAAUCUGCCGGUGCACCAUCAACGCUAUUCUUUGCUGAAUGCCGCAACGAUGGCACUCAGACUCAGGAGAUGGGCUGGUGCUGCCCUGUCGGCGUACCAUCUCCAGGCACUGGACAAGUCCGUUGCCUGUACUGUGAGUAUGCCGGGAGCAGGGUUGUGCAUCCAGCACAGGGGAGUUUCGUUGGACGUGGCCUAGAGUUUGAGAAGAUGUGGGGCGGAGAAAAACUAUAUUCAGAAGAGUAUACCAAUGACUGCAUCAUAGCGUGCAGCCGUGAGCCAACUUACUGGGUGGAUUAUCUGGAAGGCGACUGCAUGUACCGCAAUUAUCGUCUUGAUGGUACCGAUAAAGAGGAAAAAAUCUUCUUAAAGAAGGGGAUUCCUGAUGAUGAAGAGAUGAAGUACUUGAUAGAGAUGGGGUUUAUGAUCAUCGAGGAUGAUGGUUUGUCCUAA